AUGACUCGCAACGAAGAAACUCAGCUAACUGGCGGUGAGUAUAUCUGCGAAGAACUCGCCCGCCGUGGGGUCAAACACGCAUUUGGCAUCACCGGUGGUGCGGCCAUGGACAUCUUCGACCGCCUGCACUCCAAUCCCCCCUUCAGCUUUAUACUAGCCCACCAUGAGCAAGGCGCCGGUCAUAUGGCCGAGGGGUACGCCCGCGCCUCGGGAAAGCCAGGCGUGGUGAUGGUGACCUCCGGGCCGGGGACCUCCAACCUGGCCACCCCGCUCCUGGACGCGCUCCUCGACGGGGUGCCCCUGAUUGCCAUCUGCGGGCAGGUGCCGACCGUCGUGCAGGGCACGGAUGCCUUCCAGGAAAUCGAUAGCCUGGGAUUGGGAAAGAUCUGCACGAAGUGGUGCGGGAUGCCGCGGAGACCUGAAGAGCUACCGGAGUAUCUUGCCCGAGCGUUCGAGGAAGCCACCAGCGGAAGACCGGGGCCCGUAUUGUUGGCUAUUCCUAAGGAUGUAUCUGGUGCACGGUUCCGUCCCGAGCAGCCAGAAGAAGGAACUCUAGACAAAGUCGCAAACUUGAUUAACAAGGCCAGCAAGCCGGUCGUUAUCGCAGGCCACGGGCUCCUUGGCUCCCAUCGUGGACUGGAGCUGCUCAACCAACUCAUAGAUAGCAUUGCCAUGCCCGUGACGACCACCUUCCUAGGCCUAGGCGCCUUCGACGAACUCCAGCCCCUAGCACUAGGCAUGCUGGGCACGUACGGCACCGUACCCGCCGACCUAGCGGUGCAGAACGCCGAUCUGGUCCUCGUGCUUGGGGCGCGCCUCGACGAGCGGGCCGUCGGGAACGCCGACGGGUUUGCGCCUGCUGCGCGGGACGCCGCAACCAAGGGAACGGGCGGGAUCGUGCAUUUUGAUAUCUGUCCCGAGCAGAUCGGCAAGGUUGUGCGUCCUACUGUCUCUGUGGUGGGAGAUUUGAGGACGACGUUGCCUUCACUCCUGGAGAAGGUUACGCCGGUGGAGGCAGAGGUGAGAAGUAAGUGGUUAGCCACGGUGCAGGACUGGAAGCAGCGUUUUCCGCUGGAGUAUCAGCCUCUUACGCCUGGGAAGAAGCAGGGGCUGCUGCCGCAGGAGCUGAUUAUGCAGUUGGAAGCAUGCACCCGCCACCGGAAGGAGGAGAUCCUGCUCACGACCGGAGUCGGGCAGCAUCAGAUGUGGACGGCGCGAUACUUUCGUUCUCGCGUGCCCCGAGCGGUGAUCGGUUCGGGGGGUCUCGGCACGAUGGGAUUCGGCUUGCCAGCUGCCGUUGGGGUGAAGCUGGCGCGGCCGGAGUGUACGGUGGUCGACGUGGACGGGGAUGCGUCCUUUUGUAUGACCCCGCAGGGGAUCCUGACGGCGGUGCAGCAUGGGGUGGAGGUGAAGGUGUUGCUGCUUCGGAAUGAGGAGCAGGGAAUGGUGCAGGAGGUGCAGCAAGCGGCGCAUGAUGGUCGCAUCUUCCUGGCCGAUCAUCGCAAUCCGGAUUUCGUGCGGCUGGCGGAGAGUAUGGGGGCAAAGGCGAGACGUUGUGAGUGUCGUCAGGAGUUGAGGGAUGGGAUGGACUGGUUGCUGGGGGAGAAGGGUGUGGCGCUGUUGGAGGUGGUGGUGCAGGGGAGGUUACCCAUGGUGCCCAAGGUGGCAGGCGGGAAGGCGUUGGAUGGAAUCUUAGAUGGGUUGAAGAAGAAGGAGGAUGGGAAUUAG